UGUAGACUUUCUCACUCCGUCGUUAAUCGGAGAUUUAAAUUCGCCAUGGACAGAUCACAACUGAUCUUAUUAGGUUUACCGAUCUUCUUAUUCUGCUCAGAUCUCUUCAACCUUUUCACUCCUCCGCCUCCGAAACCUCCAAGUCACCGUCCCAAUCAGCCACCGCAUAUCCCUAACCAGCAGCGUCCGCCUGCCUUCAUCCCCGAAACCCUAGAUUUUCCUUCACAGAAACAAAGUGGCUUAGGAGCAGUUGGAUAUGGAAACACCGUGGAGAUUAAUUUCUGCGUCUCAUGUUCAUUCAAGGGAACUGCAGUGACCAUGAAAAAGAUGUUAGAGACGGCUUUCCCCGGUUUAGACGUGAUUCUAGCAAACUACCCACCACCAGCACCAAAACGUCUUCUAGCUAAGGUUGUGCCUGUUGCUCAGAUGGGAGUUAUUGGGAUGAUAGUUGCAGGUGAUCGUAUCUUUCCCAUGAUUGGAAUUGCGCACCCACCUGCAUGGUUCAACUCCUUGAGGGCCAAUAGGUUUGGAUCCAUGGCUUCCACUUGGCUCAUCGGAAACUUUCUCCAGUCUUACCUCCAAAGCUCUAGCGCGUUUGAAGUUCUCUGCAACGGAGAACUGGUGUUCUCUAAAUUGAAAGAAGGUAGAUUCCCGGGAGAGAUCGAGCUGAGAGAUCUCAUCAGUAAAACUUUGACAAAACCGAGCAUCGUCUCAGGUAGCUACUGAGAAGAAGAUUCAGACAUGAAAGGGUAUUAUAGAAAGACGAUGGUGUUACGAUCUCAUGUACCAAAAAGCAAACGUUGUGUUUUUAGUUAACAUCAUGUUUUGAAAAUUCCUGGUUUUGUCUGAUGAUGUAGCAGUCAUACCUUGUUUAUUUGUUUUAAUCAAAUUCUACUCUUUGAUUCAAUCAUUUUGGUCUAGACUCAAAUUGGAAUAAAUCAUCAAAUCAUAUCCAUCUUCAAGAAAAAAGAUAGAAGAAAUUACGAGAAACAUUUAUAUCAAUAUACAGAUUGGAGAAACUUGUAGAAGCUGAGAAUUUCAUUUCCAUCUCAGACUGACAUAGUGACAUAUAAAGCUGACAAUUUCAUAUCUUCUUCGGUUCUUGGUUGACUAACGUAAGGUCAAACUCUACCGGGGCUGCGUUGGGUGGUGGUUGCCGGAGGAACGCCAGGAUUGUGUUUUGGGUUUGCAGAGGGGUCACCGUAAUCCUCAACGCUCACCAUCAACGACCUCCUUUCACUUCCAAUCUUCCCAAUACCUAAAACAAACCAAACGAAAUCAAUAGGGAAAAAUGAAAACAGACUGAACCAAACCAACUAAUAAAAGAGAUGAGACACUAACCUGAAACGGAGAUGGAACUACGGGCUGAAGAUGUAAUAGUAAGCGUCAAGAGGAGAAUCACAACAAGACGAAGUACACAACUCAUCUCUCUCUUAUCUUUUGUCAAAGCUUUCUUUUUAUUUUAUUUGGGAAGUAAUCUUGAAAAAAUAUUUGGGUUACAAGAUUCGUGUCGUGUGCGUCGUAUAUAUUUAUAAAGAAACUACUAGUGAGUGUUCUGUUGUGUUUAUCCAAACUGAUGUUUAC